CAUCUUCACGGACACACGAAAUCCAACCGACCGGAAUCAGGGCAAGUACCGCCGGGAAGCGACAGACUCCAUCCCGUCUGAGAUGCUCCGUCCCCCGCAGAGAGCAGCGAGCCGCUCCGCCCCUCCGGCUGCCGCUCCGGGACUCAGCUCACCCGAAACGAGCUCCUGAGCAGGGGCGCGUCCGGGUUUUAUGUGACCGGGGUGGCCCAUCCCAGUCUCUGAUUUCAGUGGGGCUUUAAAGGGAUAUUCCGGCGUCAAAUUAAUUUAGGGUCAAACACACCGUAACACAGAGUUAGACACCCCCUUAGAGAUGAAUGUUGUCGACCGCUUGCUUCUCUAGUUAUACCAACUUUAGUAACAACCACAGGAUAGAAAUACAGAGAGACACGCUUAACCAAAACGCCACUCUAUAGCCACAAAUAAUGCUCAGAACAGCACCUAACUUCAUCAACAGGACAUAUAGGGUCACAGCCAUAGAACGAGACACCAAACAUCUUUUUAACUUUGACUCAUUUCUUUAACAAAGAGACUAAACACAACUCACUCACUCUCUUCCAGCAGACGUUUGUAGAGAGACCUCAGACCAGUCCAUUACGGACUACAGCGGGGUGCCGCAGCUCAAGGAAGAACAUUUAUGAUCAUUUCUUUAUCAUUUCCUUGAAGUAAUAAUCAUCAUAUUAAUCAUUUUACAGACGCUGUAGUUCUUCUGUCUUAGCGUCUCGGUCUGAUUGUAUUUCCAUGAAGAAACGAUCAUAAAUGUUCUUCCUUGAGCUGCGUCACCUUGCUGUAGUCCUAUUUAGUAGCAGUGCACGCCCCUUGUAACCCCCGUACCCCGUAAAAACUGUUGUUCAGGACUGCUUACUUGUGCUUCCUACCCAUUCGGUUACUGUAAACAACCCUUUAAUCUAGCCUUCACACAACAUUUUUGUUCUUAUUCAUGAAACGCUUAAAUCGGGGACAUCUUUUGCCGGGGCAAGUCAUCCAAUUCGGGGACUGUCCCCGGAAAUCGGGGACAUCUGGUCACCUUUGUAUAACUAGAGAAGCAAGCGGUUGGCAACAUUCAUUUCUCGACGGGGUGUCUAACUCUGUGUUACGGUGUGUUUGACCCUAAAAACGGUUUCCCACCUACUCUCUUCCAGCAGCUGCUUGUUUGUAGCGAGACCUCAGGCCAGUCCAUUACGGACUACAGCGGGGUGACGCAGCUCAAGGAAGAACAUUUACGUUCAUGAAUAUGAUAAGAUCUGAACGAGGCCUCCAUGUGAUGGUUCAACACAUUAUAAGCAUGAUUUAAUUUAUUUUAAUACGAUUAAAACUGAAAACAGUCAGUUAAUCGUCCAUAUGUGGAUCUAUUUGUGUAUCUUAUCUGCACAUUUUUCCACACAAAACAUCACAAACCAUUAGAUUCAGUCUUCCCCUCAUUUUUAAACUAAUUUGAAUCUUAACAGUUUCUAAUUUUGAUAAUGUUGUUUGGAUUGACUAAAAUAAAACUAAUUUGCAUUAGACUGAAUAAUUCAUCACAUAAAGUCACUGUGUUUUCCGUGGUUUUAGCAUUUUUUUCUGGUUUAGCAUUUGUUUUACGCCAGAUCUGGUUUCUACUUCAUUUCCCAUGAGCAGUAGCGCCUCCAGCCUGUCACAUGACUAAAAUUAAACGUCACAUGUCAACAUGGCUGCCACUAUCUCCAGCGAGCAUUUCGACAACUUACAGCUUCUCCUAAAGGUACUGAGCUUCUUUAUCGUUCGAGGCUUUUACCUUUUGUGAUGUUUUUUUUAAUGUUUUUACGGUAACGAUGAAGCUGCUGCGUGUUACAGAGAAAUACGGUAAACUUUAGCCUGUUAGCUAUCAUUAGCCUGCUAGCCUCAGAGUAAACAGAACACAAACGGAUCGAGAGUGAUGAUUUUUAGCAGUUUGUUCAUGUUUUUCUCUUAUUUUGGGCCGGUGUGUUUGUGUUUUCAAACUCUUAAAAUGAUGUAGUGAUAUAAAGCAGCAGUAUGUUCCUGUGACAUUUAUGACAACAGUUUCCUUUAGAUCUCAACCCUCAUAAGUCAGCCAAGAAAGUCCAGAACCCGUUGGUAUCUCUGUCUCUCACUUUGUUUUAACAUUGACUUACCAGAGUUUGACACAGUGGAUCACACAAUUCUCUUAAACAGACUCCAUAGCCUCAUUGGCAUCUCUGGUACUGGUUUUAACUGGUCCAGAACAUAUCUCAGUGCAGAGUAUGCCAGUUUCUCUCUCAAGCCAGUGCAGGGACUCUUCUUCAUGCGUUUAUCACCUGUAGAGUUGAUUAUUGUAAUGCUCUCCUCUCUGGUUUUCUUAAAAAGAAUAUUUCACAGCUUCAGCUUCUACAAACUUCAGACCAGGAAGAGAGCCCACAUCACACAGAUUUUAAAAUCUCUGCAUCGGUUGCCUGUGUCUUUUAGAGUCGAUUUUAAGGUUCUUUUAUUAGUUUUUAAAGCUCUUCAUGGUCCUUCUUAUUUGUCUGAUUUUACCGUAUGAUCCUGGUAGAGCCCUCAGGUCUUCAGGUCUUUUAAUUGUUCCCAAAGUAAAAACUAAAAUAUACGGUGAAUCAUCAUUCCAAUAUUAAGAACAGCCUACCUGCAGAGCUGAGAGCGACACCUACUGUUCAUAUUUUUAAAAGUAAACUAAAGAUCUUUUUAGUCUGGUUUUUAGUUGAAUUUUGUUUUAAUCUUUUAAUCUGAAUUAUGUGAUUUUACCCUAUUUUAGUCCUCGAGUAACUAUUUAGUGUUUUAUUUCCCCCUUUUUUAAUUUACUUUCCGUCAUUGUUUGAUUUUAAGACUGUUUUAUUUAAUUAACUUUUAACACUUUAUCACCUUUAUUAUAUUUUAUCAUGUUUUUAUCGUUUUAGUCUAAGAUCAAGUGUUUCCUCAGUCAUCUGUGGAAAGUUGUAGAGUCCUGGGGCCUCAUUUAUAAAACCUGGCGUAGGAUCCAUACUAAAAGUGUACGUAAGUUGAAAAGCUGAAAAAAAAAAACGCUCCGUUAUCCACCGCUGCUUAUGUGGUGAAAGUUCGUAAACCAAAAAGAUUUAGUCAUAUUAAUCUUAAAACAAAUGCAUGUAAAUGGAAUUUGUUUUUUUGCACAUUUGUAAAUUCAAAUUGGCAAACUAUCUACACCGCCACAGUGGGGUCUGUGCUUUCUGCGAGCAUCACUGCCUGGUACGGCAGCUGCAGCUCUCAGGACAGAAAGGCUGCAUCGAGUCAUCCGUUGUGCUGAACGCAUCACCCGGACUAUUCUCACCUUGCUCCGAUUGUCUCCAAAAAGUGCGUAAGCAAGGUGUGGAGUUUGCUUAAAGUUUCGCACAUUCCUACACUAGUUUUUCUUUUAUAAAUCCCAACUCUUGCGUAAGAAGUGGCGUACGCAAUUUCUAGCCAGGUUUUGUGCGUAAGCAAGCUUUAUAAAUGAGGCCCCUGGUCUUUUGUGUGUGUAUCUGUGUGUGUGAGUGCUGUAUGUGAUGAAUGGGAGUUGGGAGAGUGGGCGGUGUUUGGUAUUUGUAUUUUUAUUUAUUUGAUUUAUUGUUUUUUAAUAUCCUGCUUGAAUGGACAUCACUUUGUGCUACAGUAUAAAAAGUGCUUUAAAAAUAAAGUUUGAUUGAUUGAUAGAGUUUGUAAAUAGUUGCUAACAGACACAGUCGGAUCACAACUUAUCAAAUCAUGUCAACAGACAUGAAGAUACUGUGUAAACAGGUGCAUCAGGAAAACAGAGUAGAGUAAAAAACCUCUUUAUAAAAGAAGGAAUCACAAGGAUUACAGUAAUGAGAAGGUUAUUAAACAAGUUUCUGGUCGCUGUGGUGCUGUGGGCAGGUACCAGGUCCUGCUGAAAGUGAACCUGGAUCUCCAUAAAGUCUCUCAGCAAAUGAAGCCUGAAGGUCUCUAAAUGCUGGACUUCAGCACCUUGGAUUCUGGGCCUUUCCGGUCUCUCUCCAGACUCUCAACAAUGACACCGUUGUUGUUGUUACUCGUGGGUGUUUUUGUUUGCUCAGGCUCCGUCUAAAGAUGCAGUGAGAGACGUUUGUGUUCAGAGCCACAGAGGUCCGAGUCGACGGCUGACCGAGACCACAGCAGCUACACUCAGCAUCCCUGCUGCUCAGGCUGCCCAGGUAAAACACACACACUCACACAAUAGGGGAGAUACAGCUGAUAGUUUAUAGAAGUUGCUCAAGAAACAUCAAAAAUAUGUGACCAAUAUUUAGUUCUGUUACUGUGAAGCGCACUGAGCCAUAGCACACAUAAAAACACACAGUAAAAGUCUUUGUGUUGUUCCCUCAGCUGGUCGAGUCCCUCCAUGUUCUGUCUCAUCACAUCCUCUUCUACAACCUGAGCUCUCCAGAGCAGAUCCUCGCUCUCUUCCCUGAAUCCUUCCACUCCAGUCUGAAGAACCUGAUCACCAAAAUCCUGCUGGAGAACAGGUCAGUAACCGAAGAUAACACAAAGAGCACAAACAAACCGGUAAAAAGGUGAGUCUCUGAGAAGGAAAGAUGGAAGAGGUUCAGGACUCUGUGAGAGACUGUGUGAGCUAACAGUUCAACAGUUUCAGGAUAAAGUUCCUGAGUGGAUUUCAUCAUCUACAGUUCAUCAUAUCAUUCAAAGACUCAGAGGAUCUGGAGAAAUCUCUGUUCUAAAGGGGGACAAGGACCAAAACCAGGACUGGAUGGUGCUGCAAAUCAUACAAAUCAUCAAAAUCAGUUUUUAUGGACAGUAUACGUCUAUCAGCGUCCAAACAGUCCUCUUCUCAUUUGUCAGCUGAAUAUAAUUUCGCUUCAGGUUGUCAUGAUAUUUAAUGUUUGUAUCUGCUGUUUUUUUUCAGUGCUACAUGGAGAACAGAAGCUGUCAGUGACCAAAGUGAGUCUGACUCAGAUACAGAGUUUUAUCGUUGUUUUAGGGUUGCAAAGGGGUGCAAGAUUUCCACAAACUUUCCAUGGGAAUUAAAGGUGGGGUGGACAGGAUUCUGUUCAAGAAGCAUCUUUUUUUUUGGUGUAUUUACAAAAAAUCUUUUAAUAUCAGUCAAUAGUUAUUAGUUAUUGAUGACAUUUGGUAAUAUAACGAUAUCUCUGUGUUCUCUUAUGUCUGUGUAGUCAAAAGUCAACCUGCUCUAAUCUGUCUGUGGGUGUGUGUGUGUGUGUGUGUGUGUGUGUGUGUGUGUGUGUGUGUGUGUGUGUGUGUGUGUUUGUGUGUUUUCAGUCUCUCUUCCUCAGCUGAAGGAGUUAGACUGGAGAGUCGACAUGGUUACCGGGUCAGACUCAGUCAGUCGGAUGUCGGUCCCGACUUGCCUGGUUCAGCUCAAGGUGAGCUCCGACCUGAACCUGAAUGAUAAAGAAUCUGGGAUCCAGUUUGGGACCUGAUCUCUAGUCUCUGUUUAUGUAGGCUGAGUCGUGUCAGCAGGUUUUGGAGUUGGCAGGAUAGUCAGUCAGUAUGGAGAGCAGAAACAGGCAGAACACAGUCCACUGUAAUGGCAUCACAGGUUAUAAUCUUGUUUGUGUUUCAGAUUGAGGAUCCUUCAGUGAGCGGUGAUUCGGUCUCCACGGUGACGGUGGAGCUGAGCCGAGAGUCUCUGGACACCAUACUGGACGGACUGGGACGUAUCAGAGAUCAGCUGUCUGUGGUUGCUGGGAAAUGAGGACAGCUGAUUGGCUUGUUUGUGCGAUGACAUCACAGCUGUCUGAGGACAUUUUGAUCGGACUGAUGCUGAAAUGUUUGAACGGAAGCUGCCAGAACUUUUCUCUGUGUUUGAGUCAUUUCAUCACCGUGCUGCAGAUUCACUCGUCAGUCAACAAUGGAGAUUUGUCGGCUCAUUAAGCACUCUACCUGCCAACAUAAUUAAAGGAAAACAAAAUUAUGAAUAAACGAAGUAAACAUUUGAUACAUUGUACUUUGCAUUUCAUUGUCAUCUUUAUUUUUGUUCUUUAAGCUGUGGAUAUUCAGACCCCUGGACUGAUUAUCAUCUUCACCUGUUUCAUGGAUGUCGGUCAGUUUAAUACUGUGAAUAUCUAACCUGAGGUGCUCCAUAUCAGCCUCAUUCUCUGGACCAAGAUGUUUGUGAAUCAUUUCUUUCUCACAUGCACCAAAAUAAACGUCUUUUCUAACUCUCUCUCACUCUUUAACAUUCAGUCUCUACAUUUAAACUUAUUAUUGUGAUGAUAGGAGACGAUGGUGUAGCAUCAGCAGAAGACUGUACAACCAGUGCUAAAACACGCAUCAAGUGUUGACAGGCCGUUAUAAUUAAAAUCACGUGUUAAGUACCUCUUUAGUGUCACUGUUUAAAGAACUGUGGAAACACACUGUUACAAAUUAUUAUGCAAAUUAGAUUUAAGUCAUAAACAUUGUCAUAAACAUUCAACAUUUUACUGUGUAGAGUGUAACAGGAGAGAUCAGCACAGACUAAAACCAACUAUACUGACCUCAGAUCCUCCAGUCUGUAGUCUGGACUCUUCUGAAGAUCACACAGCAGCUCCAUGUCUGAAAACUGCAGAUUGUUGUUAAACAGCGACAGAGUUUUCAGAUGGGAGGGGUUGGACUUCAGAGCUGAGGCCAGAGAAGAACAGCUUAUCUUUGUCAAACUGCAGCUCCACAACCUAAAUAAAGAGGAAAUAAUGAGACUUUAGACAAAAAUGAUCCAGUUUGAAACCUGAUGUCUUAAAUCUGUAGAGUUCAGGGGAAAGGUUUGGGAAGUAUGAAUUAAAGAAAAGUGACGCUCCAAAGAGCUGAACCAAACAGGAAGUAAGUUUGAAACAGUGAAUUUAAAAACACUUUAAAUAGUAAAAUAAAAAACUCAGAGACUUUUUUACUGAUUGUAGCUGCAGCUCAAUAUUUUCAGAAAAUGUCAGCGACUUCAGGACGGAUGGGAAAUAAAGGAUGUUCAGAAUAUUUUCACUUUGCUGAACCAAAAAUAUCACGUCUUUGAGAGGUAAAUAUUUCAGUCUAAACACAGCAAGGCUUCAGAAAAGUGAAGAUAAACCAUAAAAUGCAGAUUUUUACACAAAGAUUUAAAAACAAAAUUUAAAGUAACAGAGCUGGACUUUCAUCAGAGUCAGAAACUAAACUCUGAGUUUUUUCUAUUCCCUGAUCUUGUCCUGAACAAAAGUUUGAAUGGUUCUCGUCUGACAAAUCUCCCCCUGCUUCUGUUUUCUGUCUGAAUGUGCUUCUCACUGUGAACUCUACAAAGAGUUUUCUUCUUAUGUUCAGGUUUUAAUUCACUGGAGCUCAGCAGUGAUCGAACUGGAGUCAAUCAAAUAAUCCACUGAUGCAGAAAAUCUACUCUGGACUGAAGGUGUUCAGUCUGGGUCAGUAUUUCAGUCCUGAGUCAGCAGUUUAGUGUCAUCAUCACAAACAAAUCAUGAUCAUGUUUGAAUGGAGGAAAAAAGUCUGACCUCAGAGUCUCCAGUUUACAGUUUGGACUCUGCAGAAAGGCACACAGCAGCUUCACUCCUGAAUCCUGCAGAUCGUUUCUGCUCAGGUUCAGAUAUCUCAGAUGGGAGGGGUUGGACUUCAGAGCUGAGGCCAGAGGAGAACAGCUGAUCUCUGACAAACUGCAGCCACUCAGUCUGAAAAAAGGAAAGAGAAUGAAGAUAAAAAUAAUUAAUAAUCAAACUUCAGGUGUUCAGGUUUAAAAUAUGGAGCUUAGAGAACUCCAACAGGAGACCUUUGGACCAGAUCCAGUCUGUCAGAGCUCAUGAUCUGGUCUGCUCUGACCCUCCAUGUAAAAUAACAGACAAGACAUCAAAUGUGAUGGAGCACUGGUUUGGAUUAGAGGUUCAGAUGAUCAGAAGGUGGAGUCCGUGUUGCAGCAGUUGCUGGUUGGACUCCCAUGAUCCUUUGCUGUAAGUCCUCCCUCACUCUCUACUCCACGUUUCCUGUUCCUCUUCAGCGCUCGGAUCAAUAAAAGUCUUCAAAUUGAACUUGAGCUGUGACAUGGAGGAAACAGGAGGAUCUUUGUCUGCCUUCAUCCCUCACUGUACACUGAUCUUCAACAAGAACACUCAACCCAGAAUAACAGACUGUGUUGUCUCUACUGUCAGAACUGGACCGGACCAGCCAGCAAUCCUCCAGAUCUGAGUUCAUGGAAGUCAGAGACAAACCAGAGAUACUCUCAACCAAGAAGAGCUCAGAGAGAGUCACCCAGGACACUGAGCCCACCUCCCUCAACCAGGCUGGUCUCAAGAGUUUGUAUUUAGCAGAUCCAGCCCAUGUGAAGCUGAACCUGAAUGUGCUCUCAGACUGUAACAUCAGCGCUCUGCCAAACAGAGAAUGGAUGAGACUCUGAUGAGACAGCUCAGCUGACUCUGUCUGCAACAACAUCACCUUUACUGCUUUACUCUUCUCCCUCACCUUCAUCAGGAUCAACAAGGUCAGACAGCAGACUGAUCCACUCUUCCUCUCACUUUGUCAUUUAUUUAUUCUUUAUUCUUUUUCAAGUUUUCCUCCACAUGUUCAUUCAUGUUUUUUGAUUUUUCCUUAACAUGUUCUUCGUUCAAGUUUUGAAACUUCAACUUUUAUUGAGCACAUAGCAAUGCAAGAUAGUUUUUACCUGAUUUUUCUUUAAGUUCGGUCAUUUUUUAAAUAGUUUCGACUGGCCAUUGAGCUUCUUUUUCUUACUUAUCUGCGUUACUUCAGUCACCUCUGAGUGUCAUCCUCUGUGGUAGAGUUUUGUGGUGAGACCAAAGGAGCAUCAAAAGGAACCAUAAGGUGCUGUUUUUUGCAUUCAGGCCUGUGUGCUAUGACUCCAGGCCCAUCCUUCAUCUGCCUUCGGUCCUCUGCUGAGCCCAACCUCUUGAACCGCUGGUAGCCCAGACCUUCGAAACCUGUUCCAUCCUCCCCAAGGACCAGCCUCACAUAGGUAUGCACACCUCCAGAGCUCCAAACAGGGCUGAUGCUGUCUCAUACAUUCAUGAUCCAAAUAAUCACUUAUUUGAGAUCUCCUAAUCCACUUAAUCCUCAACAAAUCAAUGAAUAUUACAUAAACGUUCAAAUUUCACUGUAAUUAAAACACUAAAACUCGAAACCUCAAAAACAAAACAGCUGUCACAUUAUCAUGACUAACAAAAUUCAGUUUCAACAAUUUAAAGUUUGUGUGGAAACAUGAGGGAAACUCUCUGAUUUGGUUUAAUAAAGGGACGCACAGACGUCAUGAAGCCUGAUCUAAUGGCUGCCACCGCUGUCUUUUUCUCAGGAGGUUUGGUUGAAUUCACUCCAGCAUGUCCUCUAGACAUGAAAACAUCAACAACAUGAGUCAACUCUGCAUGAGCGGUGGACACCUGAAUUUUCCAACCACAAACAAGUUUGUCUCCUGGACUAUUUGGAUGAAAUCUCUGCUAACAGCUGAUUGUUGUUGUUGUAACUAAAGCAGCAUGUUGUGAGGAUGUGCUCACAGGGUCUGGUCUGUGCUGAGGAGUUAUACAGAGGGUUGAAAUGACGGAGCUCUGACAGCAAGGUUUCUGACUGAAGCUGCUGACUGAUGGGACUUUAACACACCUUUGUUGUUGACAAAGUUUCCUGUAUGAAAAAGAUGAGCUGUGUUCCUGAGCUGCAUGGAUAGUGAGUUCACUGCAUCCUUAAACAUUUGACUGAUUUAGAGACCGAGGAAGUAAACCCGUCAACAUCACUGCAGUGAUCAUCUGAACCAUUUAUAAAAAAUCAUCAACGUUCAAUCAACAAAAUAACUCACAGUUUUCCUCCAUCUAUAUCUGACUGAUGAUUCAAUAAAAAAACUAUGAAUUUAUGUGAGAAAGAAGAAAGUUCUGGAAAUAUUAAAGAAUUCUAUGAACAUUUGAAUUGGGUUAAAAAACUGAAUAAACAUAAAAAUCUACAACAGAAACAGACAAAGACUAAACUUACUUCAGAGUCUCCAGUUUACAGUUUGGACUCUGCAGAAAGUCACACAGCAGCUUCACUCCUGAACCCUGCAGAUUGUUGUUACUCAGGCCCAGAUGUCUCAGAUGGGAGGGGUUGGACUUCAGAGCUGAGGCCAGAGAAGAACAGCUGAUCUCUGACAAACUGCAGCCACUCAGUCUAAAAAAAGAAAAAAAUCAUGUAACCUCUGAAGAAACUGUUCCUGCUCUUAAUGAUUCAACGUUCUUGAGCCCUGAAGGACAUAGAAGAACUUUUUCAGAGUUGAUCUUGAGGAAAAUCAUCUCAAAACUUUUGAAGAUCUCGAAGAAAAUUUCAGUUGUGAAAAUUUUAAAGCUACAGAAAACUUUAGUGAGAUCCUGAGAAACUCCUGUGAGAAAUCUCAAAGGUUUUUUUGUCGUCCUGAAUUCUUCAUGAAGAUGAAAACAGUCAGGAGUUUAUUCAGGGGUCUGUCCGUCUGCUGUCAACAACUGCCAAACUACUCUUAAAUAAACCAACAGAUCAUUGAUCAGAGAGGUUUUUAUGGACCAGCUGGACAAGAUGAUGUUCAUGUUCAACAAGCUGAAGUGAAAACUGCAGAAAAAUCUGGAUCUGGUUUUUACAUUUGAACACGACUGAGCAAAGAAGAAAUUCACGUUUUCAAGAGUUUCCAAAUGAAAUAUCCAGAGUUGGAUUAACUUUGUUCUUCAGGUUUCAAUCUGCAGCUCAUCAUUUCUCUGACACUUCAUUCAUUCAUUAGUGAUCACAUUAACUGUGGAUCAGUUCAGUAUCAGCCUUUAGUCUGUGCUGCUCCUGCCCUCUACAAGCAUGUGUAAUAUUUGUGGGACUGAUUUUCUCCUGCUUCCUUUCUACAUCCAUCGUUCUCCUCAAAGUCAACUCUGAAAUGUCGGAUUUUUACAACGACAAAUUCAAACUGCUCGACCAAAGUUGAUGGAAAAACCACAGAGAAAAAUCUAAGGCAGCAGCUGUCACAUCUUAUUGUUAGAUCAGAAGGAAAUGGUGUCUCACUUCAGAGUCUCCAGUCUGCAGUUUGGACUCUCCAGUCCUGCAGAGAGAAGCUUCACUCCUGAAUCCUUCAGAUUGUUUCCGCCCAGGUUCAGAUGUCUCAGAUGGGAGGGGUUGGACUUCAGAGCUGAGGCCACAACUUCACAGUGAGUCUCUGAGAGUCUACAGUAUGAAAGUCUGUAACAACAUAAAUAUCAAACAAUAUUUCAUUAAAGGGUAAUUUGAUGUUUCUCUUCACCAAAAACAAACAUGAUCUUUGGUUUGACAGACGGCCUGUUUUUAACCAGACAGAUACUAAUAUCAGGACCACAGCCAUGAGAGAAGACAGGAAGUCAAAGUUUAGAAGAAAAAAAAACUGUUCAGAUGUUCAAGACAAAUGACUCCAUGACUUAUUUUAGUCAUUCUGUUCUCUAACAGUGUUGUCUUCAUGUUAGUGCAGCUGGAUCAUUAUGACUGAGUGAAUUCUUGAGUUCUGGUUGGAGAAGGGGACUGAGAACCAGGUUUUUGGUCCUGGUAUGUGAUUGGUUAGUAUCCAAAGUACCUCUUGGAGAAUCAGUGCUCCUCUCAGUGUUUAAUGUUGACAGACUAGUGUCAGUGCCAACCUGCAGCACCGAGGGCAAAGAGAGAAAGAGAGAGCCAUUUACAUCCUAUUUCCACCUGUGGCGUGUGGUGUAUUUUGAGGACCCAGAAGAGGCAGAUAGGAAAUAAGGAUGUAACUUUAAUGUCCAAGUCAAGGGGAAACGCACAAGAGAAAGUCCGGUUGACUGGCUGGCUGUUGUGUGGGCUGGAGACACUGCGGAGAAAACAGAGGAGAGGGAGGUGAGAAGACAUACAAGGGAUCACAGGGAGCAAAAAGUCACAAAUAAUUAUCUGAGGAGAAGGCCAGGAGAUGCGUCUGUACCACUCAGGAGUGAAGACAAUACUCAGGCGCUGAGACUGAGGGCUGCUGGCUUCUUAAAGGGCCAUGAUUGUAGAUGCAGUGCAGGUGUGGAGUCUCACUCAGCCUCAGCGACCAGGAAGGGGGAGGGUGCUCUGAAAAAAGAGUCAAGCCAGACCAGGGAAACCAAGAAAAACAGGAAGUCCAACCAAAAUAAAACAAGAGGAGGAGGCGUCUCACCACACCACCAUUGUUUUCAGACUCAUGGAGCUGCUGUCCAAAUACCUCCUGUGUUCUCAUCAUUCAUAUGUUCUAGUCCAGCAGAUAAUCUCCAGUGAGUGGUGGAAAAUGAUGUUAGUUUUCAUGGUUGUAUUGAUGAUGAAUAUUGAAUGAUGAACAUGAUGGUACAGAGACAGUUCUGCCACUGUGUAGAAAAUGAUCCAGUUCUAUUUUCACCAUCAAUGCUGUCAACACCCUCAUUUACAACAGAUUCAUCAUUUCCAACCUGAAAACCAGCAGGAAGAAGCUGCAGACACCUUCUUCAAACUCAAGUUCACCACAACUGACUGAGAUGUUGAUCUGGACUGAUACCAUCAUCAGAAGACCUCUGUGUGUCCUCAGAUAUGGUCGCUGAUUUGUCCUGAAAGUUCCACUUUAUUCAUUACAGACACGAUUCAAAACAAAGAGGUCCUCCACAAUCAGGACAAGUUCUCAGGGGUCCACUGGUAGACCUCAUCCUGGGCUAACAGGACUUUAGACACCAGGAUCAUGUUUUUGUUGAAGAAACCCCCUCCCUGAUAUUUGAGUGGAUUUCUAUUUGAAGAAGAACAUCAUCAGUAACGUGGACAUUAGAAGAACUACAGGGAUCAUUUACACUAUUCUAAGAAUAAAACCUGGACUUACUGAGCCUUUCUGCAGUUCCUCACAGCUGGGAUCAGUCUCCAUCGUCCCUGGUCUGAUGUUUUAUACUUAUUUAAGUUCAACUCAUCCAGAACCUCCUCUGACAUCUGCAGCAUGUAGGCCAGAGCAGAGCAGUGGAUCUCUGAGAGUUCCUCCUCUGAUCUGUUCUUUGACUUCAGGAAAUCUUGGAUCUCCUGAUGAACUGACAGAUCGUUCAUCUCCAUCAGACAGUGGAAGAUGUUGAUGCUUCUGUCAGGAGAGAUAUCUUUACUGUUCAUCUUCUUCAGGUUGUAGAUGACUCUUUGGAUCAUUCCUGGACUGUUGUAUGUGUGACCCAGCAGACCUCCUAAGAGUCUCUGGUUUGACUUCAGAGAGAGUCCAUGAAGGAAGCGAACGAACAGGUCCAGGUGACCGUUUUUACUGAGAAGGGAUUUCUCCAUGACUCUCUUCAGGAAGUCAUCCAGAGAUAAGAAACAGUCAUCCAGGUUUUGAAAAGAUCUGGAAACUAUCUCUGAAGAAAACCUUUUGUCCUUGUCUUCGUUGCCUCUUAGGAAAGUCUCCAGAACUUUUAUUUUCCUCUUUGUGAAACUGUGGAUCAUGUAGACUGCAGACAGAAACUCCUGAACGCUCAGAUGAACGAAACAGUAAACAGUUUUCUUGAAGAUCACACUCUCUCUUCUGAAGAUCUCUGUACAAACUCCUGAGUACACCGAGGCCUCUGAGACAUCCAGACCACACCGCUCCAGGUCUUCUUGGUAGAACAUGAUGUCUCCUUUCUCCAGAUGUUCAAAGGCCAGCCUCCCCAGCUUCAGGAGGACUUCUCUGUCAGCCUCAGUCAGCUCCUGAGGACUUGUCUCAUGUCCUCCUUCAUACUUCUGCUUCUUCCUCUUAGUCUGGACCAGCAGGAAGUGUGAGUACAUGUCAGUCAGGGUCUUGGGCAGCUCUCCUCUCUGCUCUCUGAUCAUCAUGUCCUCCAGAACUGUAGCAGUGAUCCAGCAGAAGACCGGGAUCUGACACAUGAUGUGGAGGCUCCUGGAGGACUUGAUGUGUGAGAUGAUUCUUCUGGACAGAUCUUUAUCUCUGAACCUCUUCCUGAAGUACUCGUCCUUCUGGUCGUCAGUGAAGCCUCGUACUUCUGUUACCCUGUCCACACAUGAAGGAGGGAUCUGAUUGGCUGCUGCAGGUCGAGAAGUUAUCCAGAUGAGAGCUGAGGGGAGCAGGUUCCCCUUGAUGAGGUUUGUUAACAGAACGUUCAGUGAAGACUUCUGUGUGACGUCAGACAGGACCUCAGAGUCUGUGAAAUCCAGAGACAGUCUGCUUUCAUCCAGACCGUCAAAGAUGAACAGAAGUUUACAGACAGCCAGCGUCUCUGCUGUGACCUUCUCUAGUGUUGGAUGGAAGACAUGGAGCAGACUCAGAAGACUGAAGCGCUCAUCUCUGAUCAGGUUCAGCUCCCUGAAUGAAAGCAGGACCACCAGAUGGAGGUCUUGGUUCUCCAAACCCUCUGCCCAAUCCAGAGUGAACUUCUGCACUGAGAAGGUUUUUCCAACACCAGCCACGCCGUUGGUCAGAACCACUCUGAUGAGCUUCUUCUGUUGGUCAGGUAAGGUUUGAAAGAUCUCAUGACACUUGAUGGGCGUGUCAUGGAGGGUCUUCAUCUUUGAAGCUGUCUCCAACUGUCUCACCUCAUGUUGUGAGUUCACCUCUUCACUCAGUCCCUCUGUGAUGUAGAGCUCAGUGAAGAUCCUGUUGAGGAGGGUUUGACUACUUCCUGUUUCAUCACUUCCUUCAUUCACACGUUCACAUCUCCUCUUCAGACUGAUCUUAUGUUCAUCUAAAACCUCCUGCAGACCGCCAUCUUCUGAAAGAGAAGAAAAAUAAAAUGAACCAAACUUCUCAACACUGAAACGUCUUCGUGAAAAUCAGUCAGCUGAGUUUUCAUCCACACAGACUUUAGAGGACAGAUGUUCAGACUUACUUUCAUCAGAGCUGGACAGCUGCUCCUCCACAGAGUCACAUCUCUGUGUCUCUCUGUGGAAAUAAAGAACAUUUAUUUUCUUUAUCAUUUCAUGUUUGAAAGUUACAGAAUAAGAAACAUUUAUUAAACCAGAGUUUCUCUUUUCUCCAACAUAAAACAGUAAAAUAUUCAGCUGCUGCUGCCUCAAAGUGUGGAGACAGGAGAAAAAAUUCAACUGUGAUUUUUGAAGGUCGAGAGAUUUUCUCUGACAGUUUAAAACAUUUUUUAACAGUCAGAUCUAAAGGUCUAAUAACAGACUGAUGCUCUGAAUGAGUUUUUAUUUCUCAGGAUUUAUUUCUUCUUUGGUCUUCUGGUAUUUUCUGACCCACAGACUGUUUUCUGGGGUCUAUACACCACAGUCCAAAGACUAACAGGCUCAAAACGUCCCAAACACAGGAACCAAAUCAGAAAAUACAGAGGUCAGAAUCCUUUUCAAAUGCUGUUUUAUACCACCUUCAUUUUUAUAAACAUUAGAAAUAAUCAGUAAAUCUGUGCUCAGUGACUUUCAACAGGAAAAUCAGCGUUUAAGAUCAUUUUCUCACCAUGGUAGAAAACAGAGGGGUCAGAAUUUAGAGCAUCAUAAAUUACUGUUUAAGAGUUUGGAGGUUAAAAAGUGUUUCUCUUACUGUGAAUCUGAGGGUCCUGGUUCUUUACUGAAGUUCAGUGGAAGAAAUAUAGACCGGUCACUCUUCAUAGACGGACAGUCGGACGUGACAGACGUUGCUCCGCCCUCCUCUGAGGGUCCUGGUUCUUUACUGAAAUCCGGUUGAUGACCUUUUGACCAGUCACUCUUCAUGGACAGACAGUCAGACAUAACAGACUUUGCUCUGCCCUCCUCUUCCUGGACACCAUCACUCAUCUUCUCCAUCUGAUGUUGAGCAAAUUUAUGGAAGAUGAAACCGAGUUAUACAACCUGAGGACAAAGUAAACAAACAGGUGAGACACAAACAGGAAGAGAGUGUGAAGAUGAAGAUGAUCAAGUUUCUUCAUCUCAUUAUGUCAAAGAUCUGUCUGCACACUACCUCUUAUUUUAAUCAUAAAGGUCCUGGUUGGUUAUUUCUUAUCAAGUCUAAUAUGAUCAAGUCAAAGAGUCUGAAAUUCACAUUUCUUUAUAAUCUUCUGUAUUAUCAAGUAUUGUUCAUGUUCAUUGAUUGUUUUAUUCUUGACUGAUCUUCUUUUUAACCAGCUACAGAAAACAAAGCUGCUUUGGACUUUAAUUUGACUCUUUACAGUCAUUUACUGUAAAAGCUGAAUGUCUCUGGUUCAAACACAGAGGAACAUAGAUUUAACGUUUUUUGGCUGGACUCUGAGAAUGAGGUGAUUUUCUGCUCUGAUCCUAAAACUCGGGAAAUUCAGACUUCAUUCGACACAAGAAAAAAACAUCAGUAACAUUAACUAAACCCAUACUGUAGUAAUAGUAGACGCUGGUUCAUUAUGAUCAGUCCUUCAGCAGUUAUUAAAAGUAUUAUACAGUCAGUAGUAUUUAGUUCCUCAUCUCUUUGGGGUUUGUUUGACCUCUAAUGACGGCCUGUCUUUUUCUCUAACUGAUUCAUUUAUUGUCCUGAUCUGUUACAGUCCUGCACUGAAUCCUGUUCUUACAAAGACUUUGGACCUUGAAUAUAAACUGAUAGGCUGAUAUUUCACAGUAAUGAACUUUGGACCAGCUUUAUGGUCGAACAGAAGAUAAAACAACAGCAUGAAUAUCUUUACAGUGUUUGAAAAACAACCUUUGGUCACCUUCAGUUGUUUUAUUGUGGCUGUAUUAAGUGAUAAUGUUGGUUAGAGGUUUCAGGUGUUAUUACAGUAUUUGAGAAACUUUGACUACAAACUUUAAUACCAAACAUCCAGACCUGUGCUCUCCUAAACUCCUCUGAGUCUGAAAAAGCAGUAAUGAUGGCUGUGAGCUCAGAGAAGUGAAUCCUGACAGAAAGUUGGAGGGUCUGUCAGAGUUUGAAAUCACCUAUUUGAUCAGUUUCCACAGCAUUAGUUUGGAUUUCUUGUCUGACUCACAGUGUAAAGAUAAUCACUGAAGUCUGUUAAAGCUCACAAAAAUAUGAAGAGUAAUUUUAGGCUCAUCUCACCAAAGGCAGAGAAACAGGAAGAACAGCACACUCACAGUUUUCUGGACGAGGAAUCAAUCCAUCAACAUAUCUGAUCAAUUUUCUCUGUUUAGCUUUUUUAAGUGUAAAAAAAAAAACACUUCUAAUGAACGACAGACUCUGAAAACCAAACAGUAAGACUGAAUUAACACUCACCCUGUUACAAGUGUCCUUGUUUCUCUCUGUGCUGACUCACUCUGAAGUCUGAACUGUGAACACUUUUAUUGUUUUAUUGUCAGGUGUCUCCUCCCCUUCAUAUUUACAGGAAAUGACAAGUGUUGGUCUUUGUGAGUGAAGAAGAACGUCCCCUGAUCACACAGACAUCCAUUUACCACUUACUGUAACCCUGCUGCUGUGCCCUUCAUUAUUAGAUCAUAACAAGUAAAAAUAUCAGAUUUACUACAUUUAACAAUGAACACAUCAUAUAAGAUUACAUGAGACAUACUCAAGAAUUCAAAGAUCUUUGUGAUUUUUCCUGUUUUUUUAAUUGUAAGGUUUCAUAAUAAAUCAAAUUUUGAACAUAAUUAAAAUGUAAACAUGCUAAAUGGAGCUCCAGUGUUGAGUCUCGGUUUAUUGAUAAUGCAGCAGCACCACCUGCUGGUUAAACCAACAAACUACGAGAUGAGCGCUUACUCCUCUACCUUCACCUCCGUCUCACCACAUCCCAACAUCAACAAGGAGGUGCUGGGAACAUGUUUUAGGACCAGAAUCAAGAGGAGAGAGCUUGUUGGCCCUUUAGGAUUCCUGACGGUGUAAAAAUGACCUCAGUUUAGUUUAAUGAGUUUCUGACUGACCACUUUCUUCCAUGGUACAAAAACAAGAACUGAGCCUUCUUUAGCAGAAUAAUCUUCAUGUACAAUCUUAUACAUCAGAGAAUACCUCUGUGUCAUUAAAAGGAGAAAGACUCACGGUGUGACCCCCAUCCUCACCUGACCUCAACCCUACUGAGAACCUUUGGAGCGUCCUCGAGGCCCUUCACAUCCAAACAGCAGCUCUGGGAGACAUCAUGCAAAAGAAGUCAAGCAGGAACUCUCCAAAAACUCAGCUCUGUAUAAUUUAGAGCAGUGCAUAUUGAGUUUGAUUUAGUUUAUAUUAUGAUCUAACGGUCAAUGAUUUGAAAUUAUACAGACUGUCAUUAGCGUCGAGAAUUUAGGAAAAUCUGAGUGUAGGAGCCAAAAUAUAUUUGUCAAAAGUAUGAUUUUCUUUAGGUACGUCACUUCCGGGGUGUAGUUUUGGGAUGUUUUGGUGGGUUAAUUAAAUCUCACUGGUGUAGUCAGACAAUGAUUUGUGGUAAGAUCUAACAAUUUUCUGUUGACUGUCACGUUUUCAUUUGAAGGCGAAGGUUUUGGACCUGGAUCAGCGUGUUUUCUUUUCUUUUCUUUUCUUUUUUUUUAACAAUAAAUCACUUUUUAACUCUCAAACUGGACUGAUCGUUGUACGAGUCACAAAUGCAAGUAAACCUAAACCCCAUCAGCCUUUUUUGUUGAAGGAAAACAGUCACUACACUGAGAAAAAAUAUGGGUUUUUUUUUGGUAAAUCUUACUGCAGAUAGAAAAGCUGCAGUUUGGUGUUUCUCCACCAGAUGGCUCCCUGUUCUCCGUUCCAGCUCCUGUUUCGGUCUGUAAACAAACAUGAGAGAGUCCUGCAGGUUUGGAUUAUCUUAUCUUUGCUUCAUCAGCCUUUUCUCAAAUCAUUUUGGUCAUUAAGAAGGAGUUUUAGAAACUGUUUCUUUGCACUAAAGCUGCUAAUGGAGAGUCUUUAAAAACGUUAAUUAGAAAGUGAAUCAGGAGUUUAUAUCAGGCUCAGGGGAGCAGAUAAAAGACUUCACAGAGGAGAAUCAGAUCACAGUUUUUAUUCACGUUUAUUUCGAGUUUUCUUGCAAACAAGCCUCAGUGGAACCUGCAGUAAAUGUCAUGUUACUGUUAGCAUGUCCACAUAUGUAUGAUUUAAGUGUCAUAAGAAGAAAUUACAGAGAAACACACUAUGGCAUGUGGUUUCACAAAAUGGACACUUGGUGGCAGCACCGACCACUAUCAUCACUGGGACUUACAAGAACGCAACGGGAGCUGAGCUCGUUAUCCGGUUGAAUGGAGAAUGAAGAACAACUGUCCUGUUUUCUUGAUUCCUGUGUCAUAUUUCUAAUAUUUCCAGGUCAGUUAUUUGUAUUUUAUAUGGUCACAAAUGUUUAUAAGCUGAAAUGAAUCCCCGGUGAUGUGUUAUCGGUGAGCUAAUAGUGUGUUACGAUUGUUAACAUUGAAGUUUGACGGUACGUGACUGUUGUUGCAGAGAAAAUGGCGCCGACGCCGCAGCUCGUUGAUUUGUUUUCCGUAUGUUUCUUUCGGCUCCCGGGCAUUUGUGAGUUAUUUCUGUGUGUUAAAAGCGGUUGUGUGUAUGGACAUUGAUUAAAACAGAGUAAGCUAAUGUAAAUAUGUAGUUUGAGAUCAGCUCCGGCUGCAGUCCUGUUUAAGUGGCGCGCACGUUAAGAUGAGACAAUGACACGGUUCUAGUUAAGCGGUUAUAGUAGCGAGAUACGAGGUAACCAUGUUUAACAAUUCAGUUUGUGUUUAGUGUAAAGAUGGUACUGUUUAACUGUAAGAUUGAUAUUAAAAGUGAACACUUACAAAAUAUACAGCUAUGAUAAAGAUAUUUUUUAUUGAGAGGAAGAGGUGGUAUGUGUAAAGGAAGAGCACAUUCAUGGGAAAAGACAGAACAGGUGAAGUGAAGUGAAAUUUAGAUAGGAAAGUUGUUUAAUUUUGGAAAAGAUAUAAAGAUAAAGAGACAUUAAUGUGAAAACAGACAUUUGAUUUUAUCCAGAUGUGGAUAUAAACUGUAAUGUAAAGCAGACAAAAUAGCAGAGAAUAAGUCAUGUUUGCAGUUAAAUUGUAAAUAAAUCGAUUAUCUGGUUAAAUGGAGAAUGAAGAACAGCUGUCCUGUUUUCUUGAUCCCUGUGCAAUAUUUCUUAUAUUUCCAGGUACUCCAACUAUUGGAUGAUCCAAAUGUCUAACAGUGGGGUCACUUAGGCGGGACCUGCUACACCAUCGUUAAACAAAGAUUACUCCUCAGUGAGUGAUUUAUUUUUAACCUUUGACCCCUAUGCUCCUCUGCACACACGACUCAAAGUCCUGACCCGUGAUAAAUAAACUCACAGCAGGUUCAUGUGAUAUGAAGCAGCAAUAUUUUACUUUCUUUUUUUCUUAAAUUGUAAUUCAUUUACUAUGACACAGUUUUAACACUUUCCUUUAGAUCUCAGCCCUCAUAGAAGUCAGCUUAGAAAGUCCAGGACCCUUUAGUAUCUCUCUCUCUCUCAGUCUUUUACAUUGAAUUACUAGGGUUUGAAAAAUAGUUGCUAACAGACGCAGUCAGAUCACAACUUAUCAAAUCAUGUCAACAGACAUGAAGAUACCAUGUAAACAGGUGCAUCAUGAAAACAGGAUAGUGUAAAAAAAACUUCAUCUUCUUCGUAAAAGAAGGAAUCACAAGAAUUACAGUAAUGAGAAGGUUAAUAAACAAGUUUCUGGUCGCUGUGGUGCUCUGGGCAGGUACCAGGUCCUGCUGAAAAUAAACCUGGAUCUCCAUAAAGACUCUCAGCAAAUGAAGCCUGAAGGUCUCUAAAUGCUGGACUUCAGCACCUUGGAUUCUGGGCCUUUCCGGUCUCUCUCCAGACUCUCAACAAUGACACCGUUGUUGUUGUUACUCAUGGGUGUUUUUGUUUGCUCAGGCUCCGUCUAAAGAUGCAGUGAGAGACGUUUGUGUUCAGAGCCACAGAGGUCGGAGUCGACGGCUGACCGAGACCAUAGCAGCUACACUCAGCAUCCCUGCGGCUCAGGCUGCCCAGGUAAAACACACAGACACUCACACCAUGGAUGGUGCUGUGAGAUACAGCUGAUAGUUUAUAGAAGUUGCACAAAAACACCAAAAAAUAUGUGACCAAUAUUUAGUUCUGUUACUGUGAAGUGCACUAAGCCAAAGCACACAUAAAAACACAGUAAAAGUCUUCAUGUUGUUCUUUCAGCUGGUCGAGUCCCUCCAUGUUCUAUCUUAUUACAUCCCCUACUUAUCAGGUAGUGAGAAAAGAAAGAGAAUAGAAAGGAGAAAGCAAGACAGCGGUAAGUGGAGUAGAUAACGAAGUUUGGCAAACACUUUAGCUUGGGUUAGGUGUAAGGCUGGCUGUUCUUGCACCAAUACUUAGGCUUGCGAGCGGAGCGGGAGAUGGUAGCCUGGAGUUCCCGCCCUGUUGGCUUGAUGUUACUGUGUCUUGACUCACCUGUACGCGACUGUCUUGCGAGGUUAGCCGGCAACUAGCUGACAGAGAGAAAGUGUACUUGUAAGGCACAACACUGAAAUUUCACCCAAUUAACUAUGACACUGGAAAUGUUCACAUGAAUAAACAUAACAUGACAAAUCCCCACUAUCUAGCUUAACAUGGCUAAUGACUUAAAGAACACACACACACACACACACACACACACACACACACACACACACACACACACACACACACACACACACACACACACACACUCUAGCAUAAAUGGAAAAGGAAACAAUUGACAUUAUGUCACUUACUCAGUAGUUGAAAUAUCACCUCUGAAUCAAAGGGAAAAAGGGAUGGAGGGAUGUCCAGCAGGUGCACAUAAAACUCACACAUCAUUCCACUACAGAGUCUUGUCUGUUUUUCCACUUGAAGGUGUAAAAAUAACAGUCUGACGAUGUAAAUGAUAUAAUGUACUGUACCUGAUAAAAUACACCAGUCCUUAGUGAGUUUACACUCCUGAGAAUUAUCUUUAAAUUGUCACAUUGUUAGCUCACACAGUCUCCCACAGAGUGAUAAACCUCUGCUAAUCUUUAGCCUCUCUGAAUGUCCUUUUUAUACCCAGCCACCUCACUAACUUCUAAAUUAACCUCAUUAGUCAAAAGGUUUUUCAUUCUUAUGUUGUCUUUGCACCAUUAUUAUCAGAAUACUAAGUUUAGAUAGUUUGAAAAACAUCAAAUUCUGUUUUAUAUCAACGUUUUAUUUUUGAAAUCAGGGUUGGAGUUUAAUGGUGAUUAUUUUUUUUAAACAGAACAAAAAUAUGCAUUAAAGCUUUACACCUGCAAAGACUUGAUAUAAAGUCAAGAAUCUUAUAAAUCAACAAUUUUUUUAACACUUUGUCCUGCUCCUUCAUACUCCUGUACAUAAAUUACAGAAUGAAAAGUGUUGGCAAACAAAUACAGGCUCUAUCAACAUAGAAGGUGAAAACUUUAUAAGACACAACCAGACAGUGAAAAACUCAAAAAGUCUUGUCUUGAUGAAAUUUUGAGCUGAUUGGAUGGAAGUUUGAAAUUUAAUGUAUGAGAACAAGAAGAGUGAAAAAAUAAAAGCGGAUUGGAAUUGGACUUAGGCUGACAAAACUCUAUGCUUUAUAUCUUUAUGAAGCCAGGUUCAGUGUUUCUUCUGUUUUUGUUACAUUGGAACAUUAUUCUAAUCACAGCUGUGUAAAGGCUGUUAUAUUUCUGCAUGUUGAUAUUGUUAUCAUUAGGCACAAUUUUCAGUGCUUAUUGAUUUACUGAAAAUGAAAAAAAAAAGUUUAAAUUUUAAGAUGAUGAUUCUAAUUUUGGAUGAUAUGUCCAGGGUGCAAACUCGACACCUUUCAGUGAAAUUCGCUAAAUCUGCUACACAAGCUCAUUUGUUAUAACUCUAAUUCACUUUGUGGCAACAUGUCAAGCUGGUUUGGCUGACGCGCACGUCUCUGUUGGUUAAAUGGCGCUGGAAAUUCUGCUGUUCAUCACCGUGUCGUGCCUCCUGCCAAUAAAAGCAGUAAGUGAAGACUGCGCAAGAUCUUUUCUACGCUGCUUACUCCUCCCUCCGGCUAUUUUUCUGGCAGCCUUGAACAUCAAGGUAAGCAUGAUGGUAAAACUCUUUUGAACCAAUGUUAUUUUUUCCUGUAGAAGUCGUGCUAGCUAACGUUUGGUGUUUCAAGAAGCAUUAUAUUACAUAAGCACAAGUGAUCAGCAGCAUAAUCAUUUAGGAACAUCAAUGUCUGCUGCAAUAUGCUGCACGUGGCUAAUUUGCAUAUUUGCCUUGCGGAAAAACAUUGCAGAAAGAUUAGAAGUCUAGCUAGCCAGCUUUUUUGUCUGAUCAUAAACCAUUUGAUAGCCAUGGAUUUAACUGACAGAAAUGCGUGCAGACUUGAAGGUAACGUAGGGGCUCCUCCGCACACAUGACUCAAAGUCCUAACCUGUGAUAAAUAAACUCACAGGAGGUUCAUGUGAUAUGAAGCAGCAAUAUUUUGCUUUUGUUUAUAGUAACAUCAUAAAUCUAUCAGCAUCCAAACAGUCCUCUUCUCAUUUGUCAACUGAAUAUGAUGUCGCUUAAGGUUGUCAUGAAAUUUAAUGUUUGUAUCUGCUGUUUUUUUUCAGUGCUACAUGGAGAACAGAAUCUUUCAGUAACCAAAGUAAGUCUGACUUAGAUACAGAGUUUUAUCUUUGUUUUGUUGUGUUGGUGUCUGUGUGUGUUAGAAUUAGAGUUGCAAAGGGGCGGAAAAUUUUCCAGAAACUUUCCAUGGGAAGUUAAGCUGAAGAAUUUUGGAAAUUGGAAACUUUUCAUGGGAAUUAAAGGUGGGGUAGGCAGGAUUCUGUUAAAGAAGAAUCUUUUUUGUAGUUUAUAAAAAAAAGGCUUUUAAUAUCAGCCAAUAGUUAUUAGUUAUUGAUGACAUUUGAGAAUAUAACAAUAUCGCUGUGUUCUCUUAUGUCUGUGUAAUCAAAAUUUAAAAAUAUUUGAUCAGGCUACUCUUUCUGACUGUAAACAAAGCCAUUCACUGUCUCCCCAACCUGAUUGGUCGUGAGGUGGACGCUUCUCCCACGUGUUGUGAGGCACGCUCCACGUCCUCCAAUAACGUUAACAAGCCCAAACAAAGAUAGCGUGCUACAAUAUCGGACAGUAGAAACCAACCAGAAAGUUCGGAAAAUUGUCUGAAUCCUCCUUUGGCCACGACUGCCGACACAAGCAAGAAAACAAAGUAAAUACCGGAGACUCUGGAGGAAUAACGGGCGCUUAUAACGGUGGUAGACUGGACAAGAGCUAAAAAGCCGGGUCAACAUAAACGAUGGGGGACGCUUGGGGAUCUUGGUGACCCUGUAACCUUUCUGCUGGACAGGUAAACCGCUUUAACAAAGUAAGACAAGUGUCUGUAACAGAAGUGUUUCUUGUCAAACGGACCUGCUGUAGCGUGUUGUAGCUCCAUCGCUAAACUGUCCUCCCUCGGGUCCUGGACUAUGUCACUUUAUCCUAGUUGUAGAAGUCCUGCAAACAUUGUGUUUGCUGGUAGUCUGUUGGCAUCUACAGUAGCACCAAUGCUUUUGACUUUCACCUUGACUGGGCCCCAUUUGUAAUGAUCUGAAGUAUUUAUCUGCAUUAUAUCUGAAUUAAAUUGGAACGAUACGAGCGAGCAGGAGCGUCUGUUUGUGGGCGGGGAUUUUCAUUCAAGAUUUCUCUCAAGAACUGGAACUUGCUCAGAUCCUGCCUACCCCACCUUUAAUUGGAAAUUGGGGGUAAUUUAAACAAACUGUUUCAUAUCCAAACAUAAAUGUAAAUAUUUUUAUUUUGUCAUCAGCAGACAUACAUACAAAAUAAUACAAUAAAAAAAUGACAUUUUAACAGAUUUAUUUGAGAAGAACUUUAGUUUUAAUUCUUGUAGGAACAAUCAAUUAUUUUAAUGAACAACAAAAACAUGAAAAAAAAAAGUCCCAUUCAAAAUGUUAAAUGAAGAAGCCCCCCUCCUUCCAAAAAGUUGGCUAAACAACUGGAAUGGUUUUCCAAAUAUUUGACAAUUUAUGUAUAAAUUAUUGUAUGGUCCUGCGCUAGCUUCAAAUAGGAUUCACCAUGUCGGAUUGUCAGUGACUAGCGGCAGUAAACACCAGCUCUGCUAGCGAGCGCCGUCUGCAGCUGCCUGGACAGCUACCAUGUUGACAUGUCAGAGACUAAUCAGAGUUAUUUAUGUAACAUGAGCCACGAUGAAAGGCGAUAAAAAUGACCUGUUCAACAAAAACUCUGCUGUCUCUGUGUCUGUUUUAAGGACUAAAUCCUGGCGGAGCUUUCUCCACCGCUCCAAGGAUGACCCGGUGUUUAUUCCAGUUAGAUUCCUCGCUUGGUCACAUUUCCUCUUUGACUCCGCCCUUUCGUCUGUCGGCGUUUUCUUCCCACUUUUGGCGGUGGGGCGAGCAGAAGUGGGUUUUUUUUCUUUUUUGCGUCCUUCUCCAUCACAGCUCCUGUAGCUAAGCUGCUACGCUACUUUUAGCCGCUCAGAUCUCCGAGGAGGGCCGGGAGAGUGGGAGGGGACGAGUCGGAACUACGGGAUAGGGGUGUGUCGAAUACAGCGAGAUGAUUGGAUGGAGAGGUGGACCAGGAGAUUGACCAAUAGGAGCUGUCUGGGACGGAUGGCUCCCAUUGGUAAAUGUUUUUGCAGCCCUUCACCUGCUAGGGUGAACGUAUUUUUUCCAUUUUUUUUCUCUUCACCCUUAUGGAGAUCGCGCUUUAGGACCAUGAUCGCCAUAGAAAUGAGGUUCAUACUUAUUACCAACCUUAACAAUCAUCAACCAUGACUUUAAGUUCCCUGUUGAGGGCCAACCUUUGAUUAUGUAGAUUUCAGAUUUAUUCCCAUUAAUUCCCACAGAAAGUUUCCAUCUUUGAAAAUUCCCGGAAUUUUGCAACCCUACUCUAAUCCGCGCGCGCGUGCUAGUGUGUGUGUUUUCAGUCUCUCUUCCUCAGCUGGACUGGAGAGUCGACAUGGUUACUGGGUCAGACUCAGUCAGUCGGAUGUCGGUCCCGACUUGCCUGGUUCAGCUCAAGGUGAGCUCCGACCUGAACCUGAAUGAUAAAGAAUCUGGGAUCCAGUUUGGGACCUGUUCUCUAGUCUCUGUUUAUGUAGGCUGAUGUAGCAGGUUUUGGUGUUGGCAGGAUAGUCAGUCAGUAUGGAGAGCAAAAACAGGCAGAACACAGUCCACUGUAAUGGCACCACAGGUUAUAAUCUUGUUUGUGUUUCAGAUUGAGGAUCCUUCAGUGAGCGGUGAUUCGGUCUCCACGGUGACGGUGGAGCUGAGCCGAGAGUCUCUGGACACCAUACUGGAUGGACUGGGACGUAUCAGAGACCAGCUGUCUGUGGUUGCUGGGAAAUGAGGACAGCUGAUUGGCUUGUUUGUGCGAUGACAUCACAGCUGUCUGAGGACAUUUUGAUCGGACUGAUGCUGAAAUGUUUGAACGGAAGCUGCCAGAACUUUUCUCUGUGUUUGAGUCAUUUCAUCACCGUGCUGCAGAUUCACUCGUCGGUCAAUAAUGGAGAUUUGUCGGCUCAUUAAGCACUCUACCUGCCAACAUAAUUACAGGAAAACAGAAUUAUGAAUAAACGAAGUAAACAUUUGAUACAUUGUACUUUGCAUUUCUUUGUCAUCUUUAUUUUUGUUCUUUAAGCUGUGGAUAUUCAGACCCCUGGACUGAUUAUCAUCUUCACCUGUUUCAUGGAUGUCGGUCAGUUUAAUUCUGUGAAUUUCUAACCUGAGGUGCUCCAUAUCAGCCUCAUUCUCUGGACCAAGAUGUUUGUGAAUCAUUUCUUUCUCACAUGCACCAAAAUAAAUGUCUUUUCUAACUCUC